AUGAGCUCAUCUCCAGUUUUAAGCAAAUCAAUUUGGAACGAAAAUCCGACUUUUUACAUUUGGACCCGCCAACAUAUUUUUGGACUUUUCACGUUUUUAUAUCCUUUGACUUAUUACGUGGUUUUGUUCAAAACUCCAAAAAAUUUUGGAAGCUUGAAGUGGUUCCUGGUUUUUCAUAUUUUUUCAAUAACCUGUCAAUGGCUAUGCAGUUUUUUAUUAGUCAACUUCUACACAUUUGUCCCAUCAAAAAUCACUCGAAUCGAUGGAUUAUUGAUUGAUUUUAUCGAUAUAAAUACACUUUUCACAUCAAUGUACGUGGUAUACUCCCUGGCUUCUUCCUCCUGUCUACUACUUUUUUGUAAUCGAAUUUUGAGCAUUUUGAACAUGUAUCGGAAAUCAAAAACUUGUAUUCGCAGAUUUUUUGAACUGAUUUUGUACAUUUUCGUAUUUCUAUUUCCCAAUAUAAUGUUCUAUGGUUUUCAAAUUCCUGACCAGUCAAGUAUAAAGGAGAUGACAAAACAGAUCUCCCCCUACUACCCCGACUGCAUUGACAAUCCAAACAUAAUUGUAUUCAUCUCCCCAGACACUGAAAAACAGAAGAAAUCCCUCAUAUUCUACCUAAUUUACCUACUUUCCCUGGCAAUAGCAAGUAUUUUAUCGGCUCAAUUUGCCUAUUUCCUGCUCUCAAAACGAAUGACAAAUCAGUCUGAAAAAACCAGGAAAAUGCACCAAAAAUUCAAUCGUCGUACCCUUUUUCAAGUAUUAAUCGAUACUUCUUUCACUUCAAUUCCAUUCACUAUUUCCAAUAUGGUUACGCUUUUUCGGUGGAGAGUUCCUGAACUCACGUAUUUUGUGGAUUUCACCUCGAAAAGUGGCUCAACAGCUUGUAUUUUUGUGCUUUUCCUAUAUUACGAGCCUUAUCAGAAAUGGUUACUGGAGGUUUUUAGACUUAAAAGUCGCCGGAAUUCAGUACGACAUGUGACAACUAUUGUUAAUAAAUCUGCUGAUAUUUGA